CAGUCGUAGUGGAUGGAUUCCACAACUCAUUGACGUGUGUCUAUCAACUGUUCAUUUCGCGAACGUUUCGCGAUUAGAAGUCGGAGCUGGUUGGAACGAAUUAGACACGAUAACGCAUUACUGAGUCUUAUCAGAUAUUAGCUGUAUAAUUAUUUGAAUCAUGACGUCCAUCAGCGAAAUUGAAACGGUGCCUAAAACGAAAAAACCAUCGGAUAGCGCAUUCAAGCAGCAACGGUUACCAGCCUGGCAACCGAUACUUACGGCUGGCACGGUACUGCCGACAUUUUUCGUCAUAGGAGUUGCAUUUAUACCAGUUGGUAUAGGAUUGCUCUAUUUCUCUGACGAGGUCAAGGAAUUCAAGUUAGAUUACACCUAUUGUAAUUCUACCAAUAGUACAGACAAACACAUUGUCACAUGUGCGGACGUGAUCGCAGAAGAUCCACUAGAUGAAUGUUGGUGCGAAAUGAAUUUUACAUUAGAAACAGGCUUUGGUGGCAAGGUUUACAUGUAUUACGGCCUGACAAACUUUUAUCAGAAUCAUCGUAGAUAUGUGAAGUCACGAGAUGACAAUCAGCUGCUGGGAAAACUGAAUGAACUUGUUUCAACCGAUUGUGAGCCGUUUGCCUAUGAGGAAGUGAACAAUACUUAUAAGAAGCCCAUUGCGCCAUGCGGAGCUAUUGCAAAUUCACUAUUCAGUGACGAACUGACGUUGUAUUCUGCAAAACACAAUAAACCCGUACCUUUAUUAAGGACCGGCAUAGCUUGGCCAUCCGAUAAGAAGAUUAAAUUCAAGAAUCCUACAGGCGAUCUUAAGGAAGCAUUUAAAGACUAUGCCAAGCCUAAAAACUGGACUAAGAACAUUUACGAGUUGGAUCUUAGGGAUCCAAGCAAUAACGGGUUCCAAAAUGAGGAUUUGAUCGUGUGGAUGAGGACUGCCGCAUUGCCCUCUUUCAGAAAACUCUACCGUAGAGUUGAUCACAGUGCAGAUGGCUUCCAAGACGGUUUAGUUACUGGAAAUUAUACUCUCAGGAUCAAGUAUUCAUUUUCAGUAUCCUCCUUCCAUGGAAACAAGUACAUGAUUUUAAGUACUACUUCACUUUUGGGAGGGAAGAAUCCUUUCCUUGGUAUCACUUACAUUGUUGUGGGGAGCCUAUGCUUAGUGCUGGGUAUAGCACUACUCAUUACACAUAUUAAAUGUUCUAAGAGCAAACUAAUGUAAAGACGACUACAAGAAAGUAUUCUUAGGGCAUCAUGUAUGUUCUUGUAAGUGUUUGUGAUAUUGUGUUACGUCUACGUCUAUAUAAUGAAUGUGUAUUGCCUUUGUAAGAAGAAGUAUGACCAAUCGGGUAAUGCGAUGUUUUAUUUCCUGCUGAAUAGUAAGAGAUACGUAAUAAUAUAAAGAAGAGUCAUGAAUGAUUAGCUCGAUUAGUCAUAUUUAGUGCAUUGUAUGCUUCAUUAGGAUACGUAUGUAUCCUCCUGCUGUGAAUGCCAGAGAAAUUGGAAUAUCUGUUUAAAUUGUUGCUGUAUAUAUUAGCUGCAAACUAAAGGGAUAAAAGUUCAUUACAUACAAUACAGUUAUUUAAGAAUACAAAGUAAUGCGCCUGAAAUUAAUAAAUGCAAGGUAAUAUAAAUUGUUUGUCGAAGUAAUCUUAGCACUUUGUUUUAUGUCUUGUGUUUCUCACAUAUAUAUUCGGGUGUAUAUUUCGAGAAAUCAAAUCAAAGAAUAAAUGACACACUCUUGUCUUGACACGUCUUGCACAAAAUUAUGACACAAAUCAUAUUUCUCGAGAGAGUAAAUAAAUAAAUCUGGCAAAUGCAUGUAGCAUGUUCUGAAGAAAUUUUCUUAAUUGAACUCGCUAAUGUAUUCCUGAUUUACAGAUUUUUGUUACGUUCAUUUUGAUUUGCUUUUCAUUUAAUCGUUGGGACAUUUUUUAUUAGAAAGUCGAACGUCCAUGCAAAUGUUCAUUUACAAUUAUCACAUACAUAUGUUUCUUCUUUUUGUAGCACCACCGAUAUGAUCAAUGUGACACCGACUACAGAAUAUCAUUAGGAUGAUUCUUCUACUCGAAAAUGAGCAUGAUUUUAUCAAUAUGGAUCAUUAUCGGCUAUCAUACAUACGUUCUUGUAGAACGAAUAAAUCUUUCCAUCUAACAACAUUGAUUUUCGGUAAACGAAACAUGCGAAUACGGUGAAGUAAUAAACAAAGCAUUUUUUAUUUAUUUAAAAAGAUGGUUAUGGCUGAAAAAUUUAGUUAAACUCAAUUAAGUUUCAGUAUUGUUACACGAUGUAUUCUUAAAUAGGAUAUUCAUAACCGAUAAAUUAUAUUACAAAUUCACGUGCAACAAAUUUAAUUAAAGACAUUUAAAUCGUUAAUUAUUAAUUAACUGACUAUAAUCAUUAUUAACAUCUGAUUAAGUUAUGACUAUCCUAUUGCAAAAGAUACGUAAACGUAAAAUGUUAUUAUUAUACAGAUGAUUAUACAGUGGUGAAACCAAAAUAUGUAUAAGUCUCUUUCCAUUUCUAAUGAAAGAGAAUUUUUCAUAAGGUACAAUUUUGCAUUAAAAAUACACUUUGAAGCGUUUAUUAAUGCACGUAUCUUAUAUUGUUUUUAUAUAAACGGUUUAAAAUGUUUUAUUUUAAAUUAAAAAUAUAAAGAUAUAAAAUAUUAGUAAAUUAGAUUUAUAUUAAACAUAUUCUUGUUAAUAGAGUUAAUAAUUAAUUUCACGUAAUAUAAUAAUUAUGAAAUUCUUUAAAAGAAUUUAAUUUAUUUGAUUUUGAAAUGCAUUGCUGUAAGAAAAGUUUAAUAGCAUAGCACAUUAAAAUAUUUAAAAACUUGUUUUUUUCAAGGUGCACAAAUAGAAAUUCCACUGAACUUGCAUUCUAUAAACAAAUCUGUAUUAUUUUAUUAUUUAUUAUUAUUUAAAAAUCGAUAUUUAUUAUGCAAAAUUAUAAUAGUCUGUUAUCUUUCAACAAAUUAUUUGCAUUAGAAAUAACAGAUGUUUACAUUCUCAAUAAUUUUCAGUAAUCAGAGAUAUCCUUUCUUUCAUGGAACAAAUAAUUAUAUAUUAUAUAUAUUAUUAAGAUGAUUAAAAUAUUAUCAAAAUUAAUUAUUAAUCAAACGAUGUAAGAUUUUAGUGUAGCAUUAAUAAUAUAAUAUCAUGUAAUAAUGGUUCACGAAAACAUUCAAGAAAUUAUGCAUUUCUUAAGAUCUAAUUAAUGUUGAAUACUUUCGUGAGCCAUUGUACAUAUUGUUCCUACAUUAAUUGUUCAGUAAUUUGGAUUUUUCUAUAGAAACAGCAUUGCUCUCAGAAUCGUCUUUCAAUAUUCUGAAUGCAAUUUUGCUUUAUUGUGCCUUAAUAAACAAAUAUAUACAUAUUGUAUAUUAAUAUAACAUGUAGCUAAGAAGGUUAAGUGUACCAUAGUUGCACUACUGUUUAUUAUUUUAUAAUGACAUAAGAAACCAAGCUGUUUUUUUAAAGUUAAAUGGUAGUAAAAUAAGAGAUUUGCGAAUCCAAUCUAGUCGACUAUGAAUGUAAUAGCGAAUGAAAAUAAAUGGUCAAAUUCAACA